AUGGCCUCCAUCAUCAAAGUCAUCAUGCUUUUCAUGGCUUUCCUCUCCCUCAUGGGAGUCGCCAGUGCUAUUCCCACUAACCUCGUGGCCUCCAACGCUACAGACAACGGUAUCGACACCAUCACUGAUUCUGCUUUCUCAUGCUCGCUCUUUUCGCAAAACAGAACUUUUGAGGAUGACGACUACUACUGCUCCCGCGUCGAUCAAGUAAUUUACACGAACGUCGCCCACCCUGGCGAGUAUCGUGAGGUCGUCUACAUGAACGACGAGACUGGCGAGUGCCGUUUUGCCGAGGUGAACCGCACCUUUUCUGGGGAGAUGGCCCCGUUCAAUGAGCCGCAACUUGGCAUUUACACCCCGUCCGGCUCUUCCUACUCUCGCAUCGGCUACUACAACGCCGCCCAACAGCUCACCCGCGGCAUCUCCUUCCUCGGCAACCGCGGUGGUGAAGGCUCCGGUGUGGUCGGCAAGACCUUCGGCGCGUCCUUAUCCUACGUGAACCCCACCGCCUCCGGCUCUUCCUCCCCACAAGUUCUCGCCAACGAGGUUAUUACCAAUGAAUUUGUCGUCAUGACAGACCAAGACUGCACCGACGGCAGCUGCGGCUACGUGCGCCCGGGCGCCAUAGCCAAGAAGGGGUUCCUGGGUACUUCCCGCAUUUUCCUCAUGGAAGUCUCCAUGCCGCACACUGGCGGCGACUGGCCCGCCAUCUGGAUCGAGAACGCCCGCGUGCCGCUGACGCAGCACGACGUCAAAUGGUUCCCGAGGCCAGUGGACCAGAACAAGCCGAUGAAGGUUGCUGUGUUGUUUGAUGGGGCAGCGGGAGGCGGUACGGCGUCCGUGAAGGUUUUGGGCGGAAGUGAUGGUGGUUUGUUUGGGCAGAGGUUGGAGGAGGGAGAGGUGGGAGAGAUCAAGAAGAGGAGCGGAGGCGUGAUUAGUGAGACUGAUUAUGCUGUUAGGAGGGGUGAGGCUUGA